GCGUCUGGGGUUGGGGGCGGGGGGCGGGGCUGAGCGGCCUGGGCAGCCCGGCCUGGCCGGGGCGGGGGGAGGCCAUGGCCUCGGCUGAGUUGCAGGGGAAGUACCAGAAGCUGGCUCAGGAGUACUCAAAGCUUCGGGCUCAGAAUCAAGUCCUAAAAAAAGGUGUUGUGGAUGAACAGGCAAAUUCUGCUGCUUUAAAGGAACAACUAAAAAUGAGAGAUCAGUCACUGAGGAAAUUGCAACAGGAAAUGGACAGUUUGACAUUUCGAAAUCUGCAGCUUGCCAAGAGGGUAGAACUACUGCAAGAUGAGCUAGCGCUGAGUGAACCUCGGGGCAAGAAGAACAAGAAAAGUGGAGAAUCUUCUUCUCAGUUGAGUCAAGAGCAGAAGAGUGUCUUUGAUGAAGAUCUACAAAAGAAGAUAGAAGAGAAUGAACGGUUGCAUAUACAGUUUUUUGAAGCUGAUGAGCAGCACAAGCAUGUAGAAGCAGAGCUGAGGAGUCGCCUGUCCGCUCUGGAGACAGAAGCAGCCCAGCACCAAGCUGUGGUUGAUGGCCUGACAAGGAAGUACAUGGAAACCAUUGAGAAACUUCAGAAUGACAAGGCUAAGCUAGAAGUAAAAUCUCAGACUCUAGAAAAGGAGGCCAAGGAAUGUCGACUUCGAACAGAGGAAUGUCAAUCACAGUUAAAACAUCUUCAUAAAGAUCUGUCAAGUAGAUUAGAAGAAUCCUUAUCAAUCAUCAAUGAAAAAGUCCCUUUUAAUGAUACAAAGUAUAAUCAGUAUAAUGCACUCAAUGUCCCACUGCACAAUAGAAGGCAUCAGCUGAAGAUGCGAGAUAUAGCUGGGCAGGCCCUGGCUUUUGUUCAAGAUCUUGUGACAGCUCUUCUGAACUUCCAUACCUAUACAGAACAGAGGAUUCAGAUUUUUCCUGUUGAUUCUGCCAUAGAUACUAUAUCACCAUUGAAUCAGAAGUUCUCACAGUACCUUCAUGAAAAUGCAUCUUAUGUCCGCCCCCUUGAGGAAGGAAUGCUGCAUUUAUUUGAAAGUAUUACUGAGGACACUGUGACCGUCCUGGAGACAACUGUGAAAAUGAAAACCUUUUCAGAGCAUCUAACCUCCUACGUAUGUUUCCUUAGGAAGAUUCUUCCUUAUCAGUUAAAAAGUUUAGAAGAAGAAUGUGAAUCUUCUCUUUGCACAUCUGCAUUAAGAGCUCGGAAUCUAGAGCUGUCCCAGGACAUGAAGAAGAUGACAGCUGUGUUUGAGAAGCUGCAGACUUAUGUGGCUCUCCUUGCCCUGCCAAGUACAGAGCCAGAUGGACUUCUUCGGACCAACUACAGUUCUGUCUUAACAAAUGUUGGUGCUGCUCUGAAUGGAUUUCAUGACAUCAUGAAAGAUAUUUCCAAACAUUAUAACCAAAAAACUACAAUAGAGCACGAACUUCCAACAGCAACACAGAAGCUGAUAACAACUAAUGACUGCAUCCUGUCAUCAGUAGUAGCAUUAACAAAUGGAGCAGGAAAGAUUGCAUCUUUCUUUGGCAACAACGUGGACUACUUUAUCACUUCACUGAGCUAUGGGCCCAAGGCGGCGAGUGGGUUCAUCAAUCCUCUCUCUGCGGAAUGCAUGCUGCAGUAUAAGAAGAAGGCUGCUGCCUACAUGAAGGCUUUGAGAAAGCCGGUCCUGGAGUCUGUGCCUUAUGAGGAAGCCCUGGCCAACCGCCGGGUCCUUCUCAGCUCCACGGAAAGUCGAGAAGGCCUCGCACAGCAGGUUCAACAGAGUUUGGAAAAGAUUUCUAAACUGGAGCAGGAAAAAGAGCAUUGGAUGUUGGAAGCACAAUUAGCCAAAAUCAAGCUAGAGAAAGAAAACCAACGGAUUGCAGAUAAGUUGAAGAAUGCAAGCAGUGGGCAGGUGGCUGGGCUGGCCCAGGAUAAUGCUGCUACAGCUCCAAGUACUGCUGGCCAGGAGGAGUUUGCAGCUAAGGCUGUGUCAGAGCCCAUGCAGAGCACCAGUCUGAUUGGGAUUUUAACCAGGACGUGUGAGAGUGAGGUUCCAGAUGUGGAAUCUCGUGAAGACUUAAUUAAAAAUCACUACAUGGCAAGGAUAGUAGAGCUUACAUCACAGCUGCAGCUGGCUGACAGCAAGUCAGUGCAUUUCUAUGCUGAGUGCCGAGCACUCUCUAAAAGACUAGCGUUAGCUGAGAAGUCUAAGGAGGCACUGACAGAGGAGAUGAAAAUGGCCAGUCAGAACAUCAGCAGACUGCAGGAUGAGCUGACAACUACCAAGAGGAGUUAUGAGGAUCAGUUAAGUAUGAUGAGUGACCACCUGUGCAGCAUGAAUGAGACACUGUCCAAACAGAGAGAAGAGAUUGACACGCUCAAGAUGGCCAGUAAGGGCAAUUCUAAAAAGAACAAGAGUCGAUAGUUUACAAAUAGCUGGUUGGUGACUGUUCCUUCCAGAGCUGCAAGAACUACAGGGCCGAGACUCUACGUCCAGUGCUGGCAGCCAUCGGGCAGCCAGAGUGUUGUUGGACCCAGUAAACUAGUCAGUGUUGAGUAUGACCUUGAAACACUUCGGAUAUAUCUGCAAGCAGUAAGGCAAAUACAGAAUUUGAUGUUGACAGUGAAAUGGAAAACAAUACGUAUACCAUGGAUAUCGUAGGUUUCCUUAUGCUGUUUUUACUGUGCACUUUUUAAAAUUAGGUUUUAAUUUGAGUAUGUAAGAACAACAAAUAUUUUGUAUAUUUUCAAACUCAAUUAUAUGGUGAUCGAUUUGGUAUCUAUGGAAUAGAUAUAUGUUUCUGGAUAAAAUGCUUAAAUUGUCAAAUUGUCAUUACUUCUUACUAUAAUUGAAAGCAGUCUCCAGAUUCUUUUUAAAGGUUUGUUCAGAUCUCUCCUCCCUUCUCUUCCCACCUUCCCUCCUUCCCCCCUCCUCCUUCUGCCCUGCUCCCCACCCUCUCUCUUCUCUCUGUCUCUCAGAGGGAGUGGGCCUUGCAAACAUUAGAUCCUGUGGGUUUAUUAUCAUUGUCUUCAGCUCUUCAGUAUCCUCUCUGUGUUCAAAUAAUAGCUAAAGGUAUUCAUGUCAAUAAAUUCGUACUUACAUCAAA